AUGUCUGCUAAAUGCCAAGGAAGUAAUAGUUUAAAACUCCAUAAAUUUCGAUGGGAAAAUCUUGGCUACUGGGUUUUUAUAAUUUCUUUUCAAGGCAACUCAAAACUCUAUGAGCUACAGACUCCAUUAUUUGGACUACUCCUCACUGUUUAUGUGAUCUCAGUAGUGAAUAACCUGGGUUUGAUCAUCCCCACCAAGAUAGACUCUAGGCUACAAACACCCAUGUACUUCUUCCUCAGACACCUGGCUUUCACUGAUCUUGGUUAUUCAACAGCUGUGGGACCCAAAAUGCUAGUAAAUUAUGCUGUAGAUCAACAUACAAUCUCCUUUAAUGGGUGUGCCACCCAAAUCACUUUUUUCAAUAUUUUUAUCAUUAAUGAAAUUUUCAUUCUGUCGGCAAUGGCCUAUGACUGCUAUGUGGCCAUCUGUAACCCUCUGCUCUACACAGCUGUUAUGUCACAAAGAUUCUGUCAGGUGCUGGUGGCAAUACCUUACCUCUAUAGUGUCUCUUUGUCUUUGCUGACCAUCAUGAAAGUGUUCCUUUCAUCGUUUGGUGACUGUAAUGUCAUCAGGCAUUUCCACUGUGACAGUCUGCCAUUGAUAGCUUUGUUCUGCUCAGGCACCCAUGAAAGUAGAUUGAUAAUUCUGAUCUUUUCUGCUUUUAAUCUGGUGUCAUCCCUUCUCAUAGUCCUUGUGUCUUACAUUCUAAUCUCUGUUGCCAUCUUCAGGAUGAACUCUGAAGAAGGCAGGCACAAGGCUUUCUCCACCUGUGGAUCCCAUCUGGCAGUGAUUGCCUUAUUCUGUGGCACUCUAUUCUUUACAUAUGUGCAGCUGAAAUCUACUAAUUCGUUUGAUACUGAUAAUAUGGCCUCCUUAUUUUACACAUUGGUUGUACCCAUGCUGAAUCUGAUGAUCUAUAGCUUGAGGAACAAAAAGGUGAAAAAUGCCCUACAAAGUACUUGGAGAAAGUGUUCAAACAUAGGCAUACCUCAGAGAUAUUGCGGGUUUGGUUCCAGUCCACCACAAUGA